CCAACCAAAUCAAUUCAAUCAAUUUCAAUUUCUGUCCAUUGCAUUUCCAUUUCCAUAAGAUUUUUAAGGUACUUCAAUCUUUCACUUACAUCAUGACAGAAAAUACUAUAGAUAUAGGUGUUUUAGAAGAGAAACCCGGCUGGCUUUUGCAUCCAAGGUUUUUUCCCAGUAAAGUAGGUGGAAAACCGGCAUGGUUAGAUCUCAAGAAUUUAUGUGCACCAGCCGAUCUAACCUGUAAAAAGUGUAAUGAUCCUUUAAUUUUUCUUUGCCAAGUAUAUGCUCCCUAUGAAGAAAAAGAUGAUUGUUUUCACCGAACGAUUUUUAUAUUUGUUUGUCGUAAUGGUUCGUGUUGUCGACCAAAUUGUACUGAUAAUUUCGUAGUCUUACGCUGUCAGUUGCCGCGUAAAAAUGAUUUCUAUUCAUUUGAACCUUACAAGGAAGACGAGCAUGAGAUUUUUUCAAUGGAAGAAUGGCCAAAGCUAUGUAAUGUUUGUGGAGUAAGAGGACCUUCACACUGUUCAAAAUGCAAGAAGUCAUACUACUGCAGUCGAAAACAUCAAAUAUUAGAUUGGCAAAAGGGUCAUAAGGAAAAUUGUCUAAAGCUACAGACAUGUGACAAUGUUCCACUACCCAACUUUACUGUUACAGAAGCAGGAAAAUCUAUUUUAUUCAAAGAAUGGGAGCUUGUUGUAGAUGCAGAAGAUGAGGAGGAUGACAAUGUUGUGGAUGAAAAUCAAGAGAUGGAGAAAUUGAGAAAGAUGAUGAAUGAAAAGAGGGCUGGCACUUUAAGCAACAUAAGUGAAAGUGAAUUGGAACAAUAUACUAGAAAUAUGCCAGAGGACAAAGUAUUUAAUAAAUUCAGCAAAAGGAUUUCUAGACAUCCUGAACAAGUGCUAAGAUAUGACAGAGGUGGAACCCCUUUGUGGAUCACUGGUAACACAGAAGGUGCCUUAACUCACAUUCCUAAUUGCCAUUAUUGUAAUGGGGAACGGCAAUUUGAAUUUCAGGUAAUGCCUCAACUUUUGAAUUUUAUUAAUGUUGGUAUUGACUUUAACAGCAUUGAUUGGGGCAUAUUAGCUGUAUAUUCAUGCAAAAACAGUUGCAAUAUAGGUCCCUCAUACAAAGAAGAGUUCAUAAUAAAACAAGAU